UUUCCCAGCCGCAGUGAGACGGACUGGGCGAGAAUGGCUGCCGGUGGAGAAGUUGGUAAGCUGUUACAAGUACAGAAUGGGACCCCUGCGAGCACGGCCUAUAAUGGCGUAGAUGCUAUGCACGCCUGCACCAUUCUCCAGCAGCUCAAAGCCCUGUACGACGAAGCACAGCUGACUGACAUCGUCGUGGAGGUGGACAAUGGCGAGACCUUCGCCUGUCACAGAAACGUGCUCGCCGCCAUUAGUCCUUACUUCAGAUCAAUGUUCACCAGCGGCCUUACAGAAAGCAGCCAGCGUAAGGUGCGCAUCGUGGGCGUGGAGUCCGAGUCCAUGGCCCUGGUCCUGGACUACGCCUACACGUCGCGCGUCUCCCUGUCCGAACACAACGUGCAGGCCCUGUUCACGGCCGCCAGCCUCUUCCAGAUCCCGGCGCUGCAAGAUCAGUGCGCGCACUUCAUGAUCAGCCGGCUGGAGCCUCAGAACUGCAUCGGCGUGUUCAUGUUCGCGGAUGCUUACGGGCACCGCGAGCUGCGCGAUCGCGCCCAGGACUACGUGCGCAGGAAGUUCCUGUGCGCCGUGAGCGAGCCCGAGUUCGUGCACCUGACCAAGGAGCAGCUGGUGGGCAUCCUGGACAGCGACGACCUCAACGUGGAGAAGGAGGAGCACGUCUACGAGGGCGUCGUGCGCUGGCUGGAACACGACCACGCUCGCCGACAGCCUUUACUAGCGGACAUCUUUGCCAAAUGCAUUCGGCUCCCCCUGCUGGACGAGGAGUUCGUGAGCCGCAUUCCGGCCCAUUUCGCCCUCGCGCUGCCCGUCGAGCAGUCGGAAAAGAGCAGAGCGGACGGCGCCAGCGGCUGCCCGCAGCGCCUGGGUAUGACCGCAUCCGAGAUGGUGAUCUGCUUCGACGCGGCGCACAAGCACUCGGUGAAGAAGCAGACGGUGCCGUGUCUGGACACGGCGACGGGCAAAGUGUUCAAGCUCUGCAAGCCGCCCAACGACCUCCGCGAGGUCGGGAUCCUGAUCACGCCCGAGAGCGACAUCUUCAUCGCAGGAGGGUACCGCCCGGGCAGCAGCGAGACGUGCAUCGACCACCGCGCGGAGAGCGACGUCUGGCAAUACGAGCACGCCGGGAACCGCUGGCUGGCACGGGCGCCCAUGCUGAGGGCGAGGAUCGGGUGCCGUCUGGUACACUGUUGCGGGAAGGUGUACGCGCUCGGCGGGCGGGUCUACGAAGGAGACGGGCGCAACGCGCUCAAAUCUGUCGAGUGCUACGACGCCAGGGACGAUCGCUGGACGACUGUUAGCCCCAUGCCCGUAGCCAUGGAGUUCCACAGCGCCGUGGAGUAUAAGGAUCGCAUCUACGUGCUUCAAGGCGAGUACUUCUUCUGCUUCGACCCGCGUAAAGACUACUGGGGGCACCUUUCUCCCAUGAACAUCCCGCGCUGCCAGGGCCUGGUGGUUCUCCACGAGCACCACAUCUACUACAUCGGAGGCGUGUGCCGUAACCACCAGCGCACCUUCACCGUGGAGGUGUACGACAUCGAGCGCAACAUCUGGAGCCGGAGGCGGGACCUUCCCUUCGAGCAGGCGGCCAGUCCGUACAUCAAAGCCAUGACGCUGGGCGGGAGGCUCCACCUGUUCGUCCGGGCCACGCUGGUCACGGUGGAGGAGCACGUGUUCCGGACCAGCCGCAAGAACUGCCUGUAUCAGUACGACCAGGAGGAGGACAGCUGGGGCAAAGUGUACGAGACGCCCGAGCGGCUUUGGGACCUCGGCCGGCAUUUCGAGUGCGUCGUGGCCAAGCUGUACCCGCAGUGUCUCCAGAAAGUGCUCUGAUCACUGGUGGUUUGUUUGGUUUUUUUUUAUUUUUUGGUGCUGUUCCGACCCCGGCGUAGAGGCGGUGGUUCCGGGGGGGGGGGUUUCUGAUGAACCGGACAGGUGCUCGGUGUAGGCGGCAGUAUUUUAAUCGAAGAGACUCGAACGAAUUUCUGGCCGUCGCUCGUUUUUACAGUCGGAACUGAUUCUAAGUGCAAUUAUCACAUUAUGACGUGUGUGUGUGUGUGUGUGAAGCAGUUUGUGUUCAGGCUUACGUGAGGGAAUUUGUGUCGCUGAUCGCUGAUUUAUUUUAUUUUAUUGUUAUUAUUUUUUGGUUUUGGCGCAUUUCAGAGUAAUAAAAAUCCUGUUCGAAAAGGA